AUGACCCCCUUCGCCAGCCGGGGCACGGCCACAAGAUCCCCCCACACCCCUUCCCAAAGCACCAGUCCAGCCAAGCGCUUGCGCGCGGCCGCCCCUUUCCCCGCCCGCCGGCGUCUGCGCACUUCCCGCUUCCUGCUGCGCUCCACGGCCGGCUGUGCGCUGCUGAGUAAGAAUUCUGUCGUACCAGUUCCUUGCCUCUUCAUCCAAAUGGAAUUAUGUGAACAAGGGCCAUUGGAAAAAUGGAUUGAAAAUAAUAGACAAAACCAAAACUAUCAUGAGAUGGCACAAGACAAAUUUUCACAAGUACUGAAAGGAGUGCGCUAUAUUCAUUCUAAAAAUUUAAUUCAUAGAGACCUCAAGCCUCAGAAUAUAUUCCUAUCACAUGAAGGUAAAAUAAAAAUAGGUGACUUUGGUCUUGUGACUUCUGUGACGUAUGACCCUCUAACUAAGAACAGAGGAACACAGUCAUAUAUGGCACCAGAACAGUCUGGGGACAGAUAUGGAAAGGAAGUAGACAUUUAUGCGCUGGGAUUGAUUUGGUUUGAAAUUCUUUCUGCGUUGGUCAGUCAUCAUGAGAAAAACAGGGUAUGGCAGGAUGUUAGAGAUGGUGAACUUCCAUCAGACUUCACCAAGCAAUUUAAAAUCCAGGUACCCAUAAUCAAAAAGAUGCUUUCAAAAGACCCCUCAAAACGAUUCUCUGCAUCCGUAAUACUCGAUAUUUUGUCUGUUGAUAAAGACAAGUCUGUUGAUAAAGACAACUCGCAUAAAGCUUACAGUCACUAAAUACGAUUUUAGAAGGCUUUCAGAUUGUGCUGUCUUGUGGCAUGUGAUUCAAACCUUUCUGAAUUGUUCACAGUGAUGUUUAUAUUACUAGACUUCGCCCUUUUAAGACCAGAGGAGUCAGUGUGCUUGACUGGAAAGGCUACUUUUGGCAGAAAGAAUACUAGAUACACGUGGGUUAUUCUUGACUGAAUUUUACUUCUUUAAGGUGAACUUUCUUCUCACUAGGUACUUCUGAAAUACCUAGCACCUUCAGUACUCUAAAAUUUAAAAAUACUUACUUUUUAAAUUCAGGUCUUCCUUGAACAUUUAAGUAUUUCUUUCUUUCCCAGAAGCUAUUUGUUCUGUACUUUUGAAAACCUCUGUUUGUUUUUUGUUUUUUUUCUUCCUUAUAGGAACAAGUAGAGUCCUCUUAAUACAGAAAUACUCUCCAAGUUUUCUCAAUAGCAACCAUUUAAAAACGUUUCUCAGGAGAGCACCUUAGACAUCAUCUCCUAUACUGUAAGGUUUUAAUCAAUUAUUAUGGCAUUGAGGCAUGUCUCACAGAUUGCAGGUGUACUGAACACCUCUGCUGGCCUUACAUAAGGUGUGAACAGACUGACCGUUACUGUUUGGUUAUGUACUUUAAAGAUAUUAUGUUUGACUGAAUAAGAACUGUGCAGGGAAGAAAAUGGGCAAAUUAUUCCUUCUGACUCAUUUUUUAAUAGUUUGAAAAGGUGCAGCUCAUUGCUGUGGCAUCUGCUUAAUUCCAUAAAGAAAAAUGCACUAAGACUUCUAAGCAGGAAAGUAUGAUGUGCAUUAGAGAUCAGGUAGCAUAUGAUUUUUCUCAAUUGUUAAACAGGUAGAAGGUGUGUGGAUGGUUAAAAUACGAAUGAGUGUGUGAAUUCUUAUAGUCUUGUGGAAAUUGUUGCUAAAUAGCCAUCUGAUUUUAACAUUCUUUUGUAUGAAUUCAAGUUGUUCCCCCUCCCUUUAUAAUGAAUGUUAUUCUUCAUAAAUAAAGCAUUCCAUUAUUUUGGACUAAUGC